GCUCUUACUAGCCCACUGGCUUGGAUAGUAGUGGUGCGCGAGGUCCACAGCCGCGGGUUCCUUUUGCCACACAGGCUUACCGUCGCGCGCCAAACUAAAGGCAACACGGACCGAGCGAAGGAGAGAAACACGAGGAAGUAGAAGAGGAGAGGAAAGAAAACUGCUUCUCUCUCCUUCACUGGGCUUUCCUCGAGAAGGUAACGAAUGAUUUUAUCUCGUGUUGUUCGAUGAACAGAUAGAGUUUGGUCUUUUUAUUUUGAGCAGAGAAACGCGCUCUUGUAGCCUACUGACAUAUGUGAAUGCUUUCGUUGCUGAGGCUUGUUUUCAGGUUGGAAGCACCAGCUAAGUAGUCUUUGUUUUCCUCUCACACUUGGUAAAAAGUAGCGUAUAUGCGACCCUCCUUUGUUGGAAGUAGGACCCUUAAAGUCCAGGAUCAGUGACUGCUCUAGUGGGCUUCAUCAUGUAUUAUCUCGCCUUUGCAAACGACGUUGAGAAGUACUGGAUACUAGACUGGACUUGUUUAGUGAAAGGUUCAAAACAGCGUCGAAAUAUGAUUGAUACGAAGAAAGUGGAAAACACAAAAAUUGUUAACAGAAAAUAAACAAGAAAUUGGGGCUGUAUGUGCACACGCAAGUAACUUACUUAAUGCCACCAAACAAACAUUCAUUAAUAUGGGGGAACAGCUUGAGUUAGUGGCAAGCAACCUUAAAUACUCGAGCCUCUGUUCCUGCGCACAGAAUGAACAGCUCCGUGUAGGCUACUACGUUUAUUAUCGACUCGGUGUUGAGCGUGGGAAUGUGUGUGACUACUUCAGCACCGUGGACAGAGAAACAAGCGCGCGCUCCUGUUCUGUCCACGGGACAGACGUAACAAAACAGCUGGCUCUGAUUACCGAUGGAGAAAACAAACAGACCCAAAAGACCCAGUGGCCAUGUUUAUGCACUGACCUGAUACGAUUUUAUAAGAGGUAAAUGAGGUGAAACCUGGAUUUACUGACCUGCAAUUAAUGUUGUAUUUAGAAGCAGAUAGCAUACUUUGUUAUCAUCAGAGCAACCAUGAGUUAUUAGAUUUUUAUUUUCAUUUCUAAAAUACAUAAUUCAUCUGCAAGUGAAAGAAAUUAAUUGGGAUUAGAUUUCUUUAUAUUUCUGUUAACCACUCUAAGUAUUCUGGUUUAUGUUGUCUGCACACAUAGCCCACUCAUUUGGCCAACAUCCACUCCUCAGUGGGUCAUCAAAACAACAUGAUAGCAAUGUGUGUUCAGACAGGGCUUUAGGCUGGGUAAGAGUUUAUUUUUCUAUCAUCACCGGGUAACACUUUACAAUAACCAUAAUUUAUAAAUGGUAAAUAGAUAGUUUAUUAAUGUUUAAUCAUCAUUUAAAAACAGCAUAGACAGCAAAAGACCAAUUAUGAAUGGCAAGUUUAUUAAUGUAAGUUAAUAGUUACUUUACCAUUAACAAGCAAUGAAAUUAUGUUUAAUAAUUUUCAUUAGUUAUUAAUGGACUAUUUAUUCAAAGUUUAUAUAGGGUUUAAAUAUUGGUUGUAAAUCAUCUAGAUUAAAAUGUGUGUCAGUAGCACUUUGUAAAUAGUUGAUAUUUGUUUUUUAAACCAUCUUAAAAAAUACUUAGUUAUUGUAAAUAACAGGCUGGUAUCUAGCUGGCAGUCUGCUACUUGUUGGAGUGAGAUAGACGCUGGUUUUCGGUUACAAAUGUUAUAUGAGUGUUAUUUUGUGGUUUGGACCUCCUCCUGUGUAUCAAAGUCAGUCGACCCAGGCUCUUCUGGUUUGUUCAACAUGGGUUUGACUGUUGCCAUCAUUAAUUUUUUAAAGCUUUAAUGCAGAAUUUAUCUGUGUUGUAAAAAGUUAAACACAUACAUAUGCAUCUCUAAUUUUUUACAUCUGGUAGUCAGUGAAUUUCAUUCUUUUCAUCUGUGUUGUGCAAAAACCCUGGGCAGCAUUGCAGAAUGGUUAUAAUGGUCCAGUUGUAAAGGCUGAAAGACCCUCACACUAUGUCAGCAAAGGCUUUGAAGUCCUGUCUAUGUUUUCUUUCAUUAAAAUCAUGCAAGCUUCCACCAGCUGUCCUCCCAACAACACUUUUGUUUUUACAUGGUAACACCACUGUUCACAGUUUGCACAUUUGUUUCUAUACUAUCCCGAAAAACUACAGCUGUAGCAUGUAAUUAAUUCCAAUGUGGCCUCGGAUCACAAAGCCAGUGUUUUUUAUGUGUACCUGCAUUUUGUUGGAGUUUUUCAUCAUCAUCCUGGAUUUCGUUCGGCAAAUCUUACUCCCUAGCUCCCCUUUAUCCCUUGUUUGUCACAUGUCCUUUUUUAUGAUCCCUGUUGCCAAGGAUACUUCUCUUUAGUAGAAAUGGUAAUCCUAUCAAUGCGCAGAGAGAAGUCAGGUACAUUUGAUGUCAGUUUCCUUACAGUAAAAAAAAUAACAGUUUGUUGUGACAAAGUAAAACAGCUCAUCAGGUUCUGAGCAGAUUCAGGCAGUCCUGUUCACCUUGUUUUACUUUAAUAUCAGUGGAAAUGUUUUGAGUAAUAACAGCUCCUGUAACUUAUUUCAGGAAGGCUGUGGGGUUAUCUGCUGCCAGAGAUGCAGCUCAAGCUUAAACUGAGAGUGAUUAACUGUUUUCAACAUGCAAGCAGUAUCAUGUACAGGUGUGACUGCAAUGUAAGGCCAAGUCUAUAGUUGUGAUUCGUUGUUUAUUUCUGGUUUUAUUUUGUAAUCCUAGUGUUACUAGUGUUACUCCCCGCUGUUGUUGUUGUAUUCACCACCUUUUUCAUCCACACCGCUGAGUCUUCUUAGUAUAUAGUCCGACCUGUAUACCCUAGUGGUUCCACCCAUUCUCUGCCAGGGGUCAUUACCCCUUGUGUGUUCAUGCUCUCCAGCCUUGUUUCCUUGUGUAGUCUUGGAGUUUUGGGAUCAUGUGGAUUUACCCUAUUUCAUUUUCUGCCUUCGCUGUCUUGCAGUGUAUGACCACUAUAAAGUACUUAGUCUUAUGAAUAGUAUUUUGUGUCCUGGAUAUCUACUUUAUAUCUGAGCCCUAGUGUCACAGUAUUGAGACACUUGGCUCAAUAGGCGUGACUAAACAUUGAUUGGGUUCAGCAGAACAAGAAAAUAUGGAAUUUGAACACUAUGUCGAUGCUGUGAAAGUAUCAACAAUAACAUGUUUGCUGAUAAAAGACAUCGAGAAGUUUACUGUUCACCUGGUCAGAAAGCUUAUUGUUUAUCUGUAUUCUUUUACGACAUCGGUGCAUGUCAGAGCAUCUUAAUUAGCAUGUAGCAUCUAGCCAGAAAAUGUACCCUUGUCUCCUUUGGCAGUUUUGGCGACACUUUUUUAGCUGUACUGGACUCAUUUUUAUACAGCACUUCCAGUACAUCAGAGUAAUGCCAUAACUGCAGUUAAAAAUGACAAAUACAAGUCUUGUCUUUGAGAAACAGUGUACUGAUCUUAUAAGACGACUUGUCCCUGAUGAGGAAUCUUUGAAAUCAGGCUUUAGUUUUGCAAAAUCUCAGUAAAAUGUACAAUGAGAGGGUGUUUAUAGCAGAGGAACCCCAUCAGACUAAAACAGGACCCUACCACCUCUACUAAGUUAAUCUUGAUGCUUGUUCCUGCUUCCACUUCUGGGAAAGUUUCAUGUGAACCAAUAACAAGCAAACUGACAAGAAGAGCAUUUUCUGAAAGUCACCAUGUUGUGUUUUCACUGUACACAAUUAUGGGCCCAAAACAGCAACUACAUAAGACAUUUAACCUUGUCCACAGGAGGUGACACAGUCAACUUAAAGUUUUCCACAGCAGCUUUUUAAUCUUCAAACAUCAUUUCAAUUAAAAAUGUAAACAGAGAGUUCCUAAAUGACCACAGCCAAGUUGUUUGACACGUAAUAGUUGACCAGACAACAAAUGUAUGCAUUAGUUAAUCAUCCUUUCAUCCAUCUUUGCCUUGAAAUAGCGUAUUAUGAGAAGUACAUGACCAAAUAGUCUUUAUUUGGGACCGGCUCAUCAGUUCAUUCAUGCUUCACUAACUCAAGAGGCUGUAUGUAUCCUGUUGCCAGGCGAUCAGACUAUGUUAAGCACUCUUAAGGGGGAUGCUUGUCCCUACAACAAACAGAAAAUGGAUGUAAGUGCUGUUGCUGUGGGUUGUAAUAGCACUCAGAGUCUGAAACCUUUUAGAGACCACAUCUGUGCCAUUUACUCCAAUUUUAUUUGAUUAAACAGAGCAGUCUUUCAUCUUUUUUUGAAAACACGUCCCUGUGAAAUGAAAAAGUUCAGGAUCAGUGUUGCAAAGUUUUGGUAAAUCACCAGAAGAUAUUUUGCUGAGAGGCCAAGCUGAGUGACAAGCUCUGGGUACACUUUCAUGAUGAUAUGGAACGAAGGAAGUCACAGGGAAUGACAGCUGGGAGCCAAAGCCAUUUGCUUAAAGACGCAAGGGAACUGCCUUUGGAGCUGCAUGAAAGACUCAGGCUUUCUCCAGAGCUGCCCCAUCCAAUUAAGAUGAUCUGACAUGACAGAAAAGAGAUGUUCUGCUUUUUGAUGCAAGCUGCUUGAAGGUCUUAAGGGUGACUGAAAAGAACACCUCCUACAUUAAAGGUCAGAUAGUAUUUAUAUGUGUGACAAUAUCAACUUUCCAGUUGAUUUAUUUUGUAUUCUACAUUCUGGGACUUUGAUCCCCGCGAUUUUACCUUUGCUAUUUUCUUGAUGAUGUUUCAGUAAAUGGCAUUACCUACAGUAAGGAUUUGGCUUGAACAACUGUGUGUCUUCUUAUAUUAGACCAGGAAGGAAUCUACGACAGAGUAUGAGGGCCACAUUAAGAAAAAGAAAAAGAAGACUUUGAGAUCAAAGUCGUUAAUUUACAAGAAUAAAGUCGUAAUGAAGUAAUUACUCACAAGAAUAAAGUCGUAACAAAAGCAUUAUUUACGAGAAUAAAGUCGUAAUGAAGUAAUUACUUACAAGAAUAGUCUUAAAGUAAAUACGAGACUAAACUUGUAAUAAAAUCAUUACUUACUCAAAAGAAUGAAGUCAUAUAGUUAUUACUUACAAGAAUAAACUCGUAAUUAAAUCAUUAUGAUACUUUAUGAUAAUGUGGUGCUGAUGUGCCAAAAGAUUAAGUAUCUCCUUGUUUGAGAAACCCAUAUUGAAGUAUAUUUUCACGAAAUGGCUCCCAUUUCAACAACUGUCAUCGUAAACAACAGGUUAGAAUAUAAGGACUUUAUCCUAACUUUAAUCUCGUAAGGAUUUAAAAAUGACUUUGUUCUUGUAAGUAGUUACUUUAUUUCGACUUUAUUCUCGUAAGUAAUUACUUUAUUACGACUUCAUUCUUGUAAGUAAUUACUUUAAUAAGACUUAAAUUAGGUUAGUAAUUACUUUAUUAUGACUUUGUUCUUGUAAGUACUUACUUUAUUACGACUUAAUUCUUGUAAGUACUUACUAUUACGACUUUAUUCCCGUAAGUAAUCACUUUAUUACGACUUUAUUCUCGUAAGUAAUUACUUUAUUACGACUUUGUGUUUGUAAGUAAUGACUUCAUUACGACUUAAAUUAGGUAAGUAAUUACUUUAUUAAGACUUUAUUCCAGUAAGUAAUCACUUUUUUUUAUCUUAAUAUGGCUCUAAUACUCAUAGGAAUCAAUUGAGCUGAUGGGAUCCAAAUAUAAGACAAGCAUGGUUUAAAGGUAUAGGUAUGUCUUAUACACUACUACUAGAGAAGAAUAUCCUAAAUUUUGGGAUCAAAAAUAAUGAUAAUAAAAGUUUGUCAGUGCUCUUUUUCCAUGAUCACUGCCUCCACUUCCAUCAUUUCUGGUAAAAACUGUGACAAAAAUUUAAGAUGCAAUUUCUCACCUUCGCUUUUAUAGCUUAGUCUACAUGCUACAAAUUAUGCCACCGUAACUGUUCUUUCAAAGUAAAUGCACCUGUUUUGUAAGGAAGUAAAAUGAGCAUCAAGAGCAGGUUAUUUAGGUGAUUAAUAAUAGUACUGUGACAUGCAGUGAGAGUAUACUGUAUGCUGUCUACGUCUCUACUGUGUCCAUGUGUGUCGAGUUUUUCCCUCAGUACCUCUGUUUAAACCGAUCAGGCAGAUCUCAGCAGACUGACGGUGGGGCAGCCAGCGUCAUCCAGCUGUGUCCAUGGCUUGAUGACAUGUCUCCUCUCUUGUCCGCUGGACUGAUGCUGUCCUCAGGCUCCUCCAGCCAGCUCUUGCAACAUCAACAGAGUCUCUUAGUGUUAGUCCCAUGUCCACAUUGAGUGCACUCACAGACACACUCAUACAGACGCAGUAGCUGGGUCAGUAAGUUUGCCAAAAGACAGACAUGCACUGAAGUUGACAAACCUUCAGAGGUGAACAAAACUCAAAUCCAGGUUAGGAUAUCAGAGACUUCACUUUGCAGUUAAAAAGAACCCUCCAUCAUUUUGUUGUAUAAUUUUAAUGUUUGAGAUUAGUUUUCAUUUGUGAAAGAGAGAUUUUGAAAUUUAGUUGAGAAUCUUUAGUGUGGCUGUUUUUCAGUGAACCAUCAAUCUGUGCACUUUAUAUAUAAUGUAAUAUGUUUAAAGCAGAAAAUCAAUUAUUCUGAUCUACAAAACUAACUUUAAUUAGUUUUUAAUAGACAAUUAUUUAGAUUUUUUAUACUGUAUUUCUAGGUUAACACCGGAGGGUAAAAAUCAUAAUAAAAUUGCAGCUGUUGAUCAUCCAAUAAUCCAAAUAUUCUUUUGGUCUUUAUCAAGAUUUUCUACAAAUAAUGAUAAAAAUAUCAUAAUAUGAUAAUAAUAAAAUAAGUCCACAGUACAAUAUUUAUCAUGAUAUUUGAACCAAAAAAGACUAUUGAAGACCUGGAUAAAACAGACAAUCAUUUAAGUUCUCAUGAAGUCCAGCGAUCUGUCAGAUGCACAAAGUUGUGUAACUUCAGUGUUUAUUUCUCUCUAGAGCUCUCUAGAGGAGUUUCAACAGGUCAUUAUUUCAUGAAUUUAAUACAAUUUAUCAUUCCCCUUGGGAAAUUUGUCUUUAGCUUAAGAGCUGCAUGUACUUGAAGGCAUCCCUGAUAUUACCAGUACAUAAAAUAAAGUAAUAAUCCAAUAUCAAAACCAAUAAAAAGCCCAAUCCAAACAGAGAAUACAGCGGAGACUGUUAACAUGGUAAACUGUACAUUACUCAUAUUGCAUAAGAAAGCAGCAAAAAUAAGGGAUAAAUAACAAGAUAAGGAAAUUAAUUUUGAUCAACAAGGGCACUAACAAGUUUUCAAAGCAUUUCAGUUCAGACCAAAGCACUAACAUCUAUUUUCUUAUUACCCUACAACAGAUUGAGAAAGAACUUCUGAUGUAGAUUUUUGUAUUUUUAUUGAAUUUGUAAGUUUUUUUUUAAUUGUUGCUUGUGGUGGAGAGCUUUUUUAAAUCAAGUUUGUCAGGAGUUGCAUGUUAGAGUAAACACUGGAGGAAUGUCCUACUUUUCAUGGUGAUGUGCCCUUUACUCUAGCUGAGGUUUGCAUCUGCCUCAUUAGAUGACCGCACAGCCUCUGGACCCAUUGUGUUGCUGUUUUGUUUGUUUGUUUGUUUGUUUUUCCCUUUAUUUUUGCAGAACCACAUUAACAGUUGUGAAAGUAUUUCUCUCCUGCAAAUCCUUUCAAAAAUGAUUCAACAUCUUGUAUUCUUUGACUCCAAUCACACUUGAGUUUUUCUUACUGAUAAAUAACUAUAUUGAUUUUUUUUUAAAAGGAUAAAAAGUUCCUGUUUCUGUUUGAGGGAAAUAAGGGUCACAAGUUUUCAUUAAUAAUUAUUCAUUUCUUUCUCCACAGAACUUGGAUUUGCACUAAGACUACAAGGAAAGAGCACACAAAUAGAGUUUGAAAUCUAUUUAGCUUAAUUUUAACAGGCCAUAAUAGAUGUAAACCCACUUGAGCUGCUUGAUUUGGUCUGUAAUUGGACUCAUCCUGCCAUUGCUACUCUUUACUCAACCUAAUACAUGCAGUGAGAGUUUAUGAGAUUCACUGUUGCUGGCAGGCGCACAGGAAAUCACGCUGACAACAUGUUCAUGUCAAGUGGCACUUUCUUUCAUCCAGAGUGGAAUAAUUCUGUUUUUUCUCAAAUUUGUUUUCCAUUGUUACUCGAUAAAUAAGCAGCUUUAAGGAUUAAGCAAAAGCAGACUUCUUUUCCUGCCAAAUUCCUGGAUCACCUCUUGCUUUGACUAUUAAGAAAACAUCUUUUUCACUUUGUGACAUCUAAACUUUCUUUCAGUAUUCAUCUUGAUAUUAUGGCAGGUGCAUCGUAUAGGAGCAUUGUCAAAACUCUUGUCUUUCAACCACAACAACUUGAUUAUCAGCUUCAAAAAACGAAUUGGAUGCAUAAUUUAGUGUUGCUAUUUUCUAUUGCAUAUUUUUCAAGGGUUGUCAGCGUGAAUACCCCCAGUAUUUCUGGCUCAAGAGGAUGUAACAACAUUGUAUUAUUGCUUCUUGUGCAGUCAAACUAAUACCAGCCUUCUGAUAGAGGGCAGUAACACAAACAAAGCUAUGAAUGGAAAGCCUGAAUCUUGCCUGCUUGUUGUAGCUUCAUAACAACGACUAAAAAUAGAGCUCUUACAUGGCCAUCAUCCACUGACCCCAGACUGCAGCUUGGUUAAGAAUAGAUGACGGUUAAUGAAAGUCCUUUUCAUUAUUGCUGUCCCUUCUUGCUUUAGUGAACUCUGAUUGCUUAUGCAUGCAUGCCAACUGCUCCCAAUCACAAUCAUGUCCAUGGUGAUUCGAGUAGUCACAAGAUGGAGAGAAAAGAAACCUCAGCAUACAUAAAAAAAGAUGAUUACAGCACCUCUUUUGGCAGUUCUUUUGUUGUGUGGCUGUUGUUAAAAAUGAUACAAGUCUCAGACUGUAAUACUGACAAACUUUAUCCAUAUAUUCUGGAGAGGCGCAAUCUUAAACAUGAUUAUGGUUGGAACCAGGGCUUGACACUAACUUUUUUCAAAAGGAGCACAUGCGCUCCAAAGUUGAAGAAGUAAGGAGCACACAAAUAACUUUAGGGGCACAAUGAAAAUUGAUCAAAUAAUGUUUGUCUUAUUGGUCGACAUAUUGUAAGUACUAUUAUUUGAAAUCAAUUUUAGGUCAAUUGGUCACAUGACAUGGAAGCUAUUGAAGUAAAACAGCCUUUUCUGGGAACAUCAACCAGUAAUUUAUUGAUAGUCCCUUAUUCAGCACCAGACGUUGACAGUGAGGAUGCAGAGUAGAUUCAACUGUGCUGCUGUUGCUAUUCCCAGUUGUGGAGAGUGAGAAGACAGCGAUAGAUCUGCAGUAAAUGUCCGUCGAAUAUCUGACCUAAAACUUACAUCACCAUGGUAUUUACAUGAAAACACAUUUGUUGCCUCAGCUAAUUUUUUAUGCCCACAUAUGCCCCUAAAUACAUUUUACAGUUUGCACGCAUCUAUUUUUAGUUGCAAUGCGAGUGAAAUGGUUGCACUGUCGAGCCCUGGGUGGAACUUCUGGUGAUAAAGAGAACUGGAGAUAAGAGCUUUUUGCAAAAGCUAACUAAAGUGAUUAACCUCUGAUGGCAGAUGUUUUGAAAGUGAUACCCCUUGCUAUCGUCUGUUAAAUUUUAAACUUAGUGAUAAAGCUAAGGACGUUUUUGACACUGUUGGAUCAUGCAUUCCUGCACUGAUAAAUACCUGUCUCAUUUCUGGUUGUGUCAACAUGCUUCUGUGCAGCCCUGACACUGCAUUUUUAAAAGUUUUUGAUUAUCUAGUUUUAGCUGUUAAUUGUGGAGACUCCACCAUCAUGGUAGCUUUUGACACUGUCAACUUCCCAGUCUUCUUAUGUCAAAAACUUGUAUUAGACUAAAGGGUGCAGCACUCAGGUGGGUUUAAUCCUACCUGGCAGAUAAGCGCUUGUCCAUCUAUACGAGAAACAGCCUGUCUUAAUUGUGGAGUACUUCUAGUGUCUGAUUUUCUCUAUGCAUGCUCCCACUCUGGUCUACUUUUCAAAACAAUGUGCUAAUAUACCUGCCUUUGAAAAUGUAACAGUGAGGGUUCACUGCAGCCCUUAUUUAUUUGUCUAAAAGACAUUAAAUUAUGUUAGUCCAGAAACAUUCUCAGCCUUAAUGAGAAGAAGACUGAGGUCAAACCAGGACUGAUCAGACCUUUUCCAGUAGCUCUCCCCUACCCUUUCAAAUAAGCUCAGCCCUCACUCUUAAAUGUUUUAAAUCAUUAAUAAUGACCUCCCUCUUCUUUUUGAGAUGAGAUUAUUAUGAUCCUGACAGAUUUUACUAUUUUAUUUUAACAUAAUACUAUUGUGUAUUGUUGUUCAAUCUUUUGGUGUUUAAAGCACUUUGAUCUUUGUUUUUAAAAGAGCUAAAUGAAAAAGUUAACUCAACUAUUAUUGUGUAGACAAGCCAUGGAUAGAUCUCUAAGCUUUCUGUGUGCUUUGUCAUUUGUAGCCAUCGAACCCCUGUCUAUUAUGACACUUCAGGCGGCAGAUGUGUGUAAAUCUCAACUCUACUCUACUGAGGCUUGGCACCCGGUUGUGAUAGAAGGAGUAGAUCCACAUUAGGAAAUGACUGCUAUGAAUCUUAGCAAAAGCUCAAAGUCCCAUAAUCACACAUUCACUCACUCUUUCCAGUCCCACAGUGGGUGCUCAAUGCGCCAACCCACUGAGAACUCAUUAUGUAAAAUCAAUUCCUUUCAACACAUUUCCCAUGCCAAGCUCCCCAUCGCUGCGGCUUCCGGCAAAUGUGGGCAUCAGCUACCAUAUGAGCGGAUCCAUUAUUUGUGUAAGGAACACAGAACAUUCAUAUGCUGACACAUACUGCACACCAUCUGCAUUUCUACAGAGCUUUUUUAUACUACUGUACAGGAGUGGAUAGGCUACAUAUCCUACAGAAAGAAUUUUAAUUGAUAUACUGUUACUGAAGAAAAGCUGAACCAAUUCUAUAACAGGUUUUCUUUUCUUUUUUCAGUUUAGAAGCAGGAUUGGGGCCAUCAGUGGAAAAUUACAUAACUUUUUCUCAGAUUUACUGGACUCAGCCUUUGGCCUUACACAAUGUGGUGAUUCAUAUUCUUAUGAGACACUCAGGGUAGAGAGGAUCUUCCCUGGACUUCUAAUCAGCUAAUUGUUCCUCACUUCACUGAUAGUGUUUGCUGCUAGAUUAUCGUUUCAGGGUUCAUUACAAUAUUCAUUUGUCAGUCUUUCAAGGAGCAGCAUGAACAAUUCACCACAUUUACUUAGAGACCGCUUUUCAAAUUACUACCAUUUUCUAUAAGUUCACUUUUUUUUUAAGUUAGUAGUUUAUAGAGGUUGUGAAGAAAGAUGCAGAAAGAAGGAUUCAGUCACACACACACAGCGAGCACAAAAUAAUCACUUUUCUUCACUAAAAUGUAGCGUCCCAAAAGUUGACAUCAGAUGUAAACCCAUGUAAGAUAAGGUGACCAGACAGGGACAGUCCCCAUAUUGGAUGACCUGUCCCCGGCUAAAUCUGUCCCCGGAAAUGUCCCCGAUUUAAGCGUUUCAUGAAUGAGAGCAAAAAUGUUGCGUGUAGAUUAGAACAAGGGUUAUUGCGGUAGGGAGCAUGAGUAAGCAUGUUGCGCACAGUCCUGAACAUCAGUUUUAACGGGGGGUUAUUAUGGGGGUGUGCGCUGCUACUAAGUAGUACCGAGAUGUCUGUGAUCACGCAGCUGCCUACUUUGGCAGCUUUUGCCCAUGUUUGGCUCUUUAUAUUAAUCUAUAAUAAAUCUGCCUCCUCCCCAGGCAGUAUCCACCAUGUCGUCUACAUCAAUUCAACUGCUGCCUACAGAACUGACUAGUUGUUAAAGUGGUUAAUAAGUCAGUCAGUUGAUGAAGCCUGUAGUGUGAGGCUCAAAAGGCGGUACAUUGGUAAGCUACCGUGAUUCAGGCUGAAGUUAAAUCUGAAAAACAGGUUAAUUUACACGCUUCAUUUGAAGUGGUACUAUGUUGGAUUUGGAAAAUGGUUGUCUCCUAACCACUUUCACCACAUCUGUAAAAAAAAACUGUAAAUCUGGUGGAUCAUUGGGCUAAAUUUCUAAGUAAAACAAUAGAGCCUAUAAUCUGUUGUCUAAACUAACCUUACACAACGGUUUAUGUAGACGCUCAAACACAAGCUGGCUAAAAGGACCAAGUAGUCUACCGUUAUUUAAAAUAACUGUGAUAGGAAAUUUAGACAGUUUUCAAAUAACACCACCAAAAAGUAAUGUAAUCUUUCAGCCACUAACUUGUUAAAGAGCAGCUAACAUUAGCUGCUGUCUUACUGUAGUAAAUAGGCUACCAAAUAUACAGUUUAAACAGGAGCUGUGGUCUUGUUGAUUGUGUAGUGGUAUAAAUUCAUAAUAAUUGCCCAAAAUUGUCAUUUUGCUCACAUUAAGAUGGGGACCGACUCACAAUUAAGAAGUAUGUCUUUUAGACAUAUGCUAAUAACCUGGAGUACUGGUUUUACGUGUAUCCAAACGGCAUGUGGUUCAAGGAUUGUCAGAGAGUAAGAAGAGCAGGGGUGUCCUGAAAAAAAAAAAGGCAUUUUGCUGUUUUUUUUGUAUCACUUGUAUUUUUGUUAGUUGUUUUCCUUCUCUGACCAAAGGGACACAGAAAUUUUCUCAGGAAAUAUUUCGCGAUAACUGAUCCUCUUAAAUUUGAUGAAUUUGGUGAUGAUAUUUCUCUUUCUCUCAUUCUCCCAGCUCUUCUUUCUGCCGGUGGCGCCCCCCCUGCUGUUGAAGCUGUGGUAUGAGCUUAUGUGGCAGGAAGGCGCUGACGUUGCUGAGCAGCGUGUUCGCUGUCUGCGGCCUGGGCCUGUUGGGGAUCGCUGUAAGCACAGACUACUGGCUCUACCUGGAGGAAGGUGUCAUCCUUCCCCUCAACCAGAGCACAGAGAUACGCAUGUCCCUCCACUCUGGACUGUGGAGGGUUUGCUUCUUGGCUGGUGAGUUAGUUUGAAGUCUGAAACUAAUAAUUAUGGAUUUUUAUCCCUCAGCACUUGGAGCAAGAUAAACUAGAUUGAUCUUUUCAGAGAGGACUUCCAUUUAUUUAAACAGUAAUCUAGUUAGAGACGAAGCAAUUUAAACAACUGAGAAGUGAGUCACUUGAUCCUUGUGAGAGGAAAUACUUAUUAUAGUCCAGCAAAAGCAAUAUGGCAAAACUUAAUGGUACCUAUUUAAGAUUCAUCGAGCUUGCCACAAAGGAAAGCAAACAAUAUUACCCAUUUUCAAGAUUCUUAGUGAAUCUCGAGAAAUUUUCAAAUAUUUGUAUGCAAAGGUCAAAAAAAGACUGAAUGCUUGGAAAUGUCAGCUGUAUCAAUAUGGAGGUUUAUCCUUUGACAUGUUUGAGGAUGUUGUAAAAAAAAAAAAAUAACAUUGUCUGAUGGGAUUGUUUAAAUCCAAUUAUGUAAUGUUAUUCCUUUUACUGUUGAUUUGUUCCAUUAACCUUCUGUGUCACAGCUGACCUGCCCCGUCCUGUCAGGGUUAAUCGUUCAGUCACAGCACACAAGCAGGCAGUGCAGUUGUGAUUAGGUAACAGAUGUUACCCAGCAUGGAGCACCCCAUUGCUACAGUAUAAAUGGAUUAGUGAUCCAGUGUGUUUUAGGGGUGAUUGAGUGGCCUUAUUGCCCACUUAACAGCUCUGGUUUGACCCAGAAACAAUUACACAGUCAAAUUAUGUGGUUACAACAGAUUACAUGAACGAGGUUUCAUGUUGUUUUGACCGGUAUUGAUGUUGGUUUCACUUCAUCGGGUGUUUGGCUGUUAGCCAAAGCUCAUGUAAAGGAACUUGACACUUCCAGCCAGCAAUUAUCGUCUGUUGGUGUGCGGGUUGUAAGUCAUGCUUGGUAUGGAUGUUACACAGUAUAACUAGCAAUGGUGUUGAGGAAAUGAACUGAAUGAGCCUUUUCUUUCCUACGCAACAUUUUCUCUUUUAUUUAGAAUAAAAAGACUAAUAAACAAAAUUGUAUUUGUGGUUUAAUUAUGGAACAUGAAAGCAGUUUGUAUUAAAUUUAAUCUGUAUGUGUAUCAAAUCUUUUGUGUAUCUCUUUAUCUCCAUAGAUGUUUUUGCAAGUCUGGAAUUACACAGUUUAGUGCAGUGGUUCUCAAGUCCAGUCCUGGAGGCCCACUGUCCUGCAUGUUUUGGAUGUUUCCCUGCUCCAACACACCUGAUUCAAAUGAUCAGCUCGUUAUCAAGAUCUGUAAUGGCUUAAUAACGAGCUGAUCAUUUGAAUCAGGUGUGUUGGAGCAGGGAAACAUCCAAAACAUGCAGGACAGGGGGGGGCUUGAGGACUGGACUUGAGAACCACUGCUUUAGUGCAAUGAAAUGUGGGGGCCAUAGAUUUUGAAAUAAAUAAAGAUAAUUAUGAGCAGAAAUGAAAAGGAUAACUGCAAAAGACUUCACAGAUACUACAUAAUAUCUGUAUGUGGUAUAAUGAAUAAGUUCCAGUGGCAUUUAAUCAAGAACCGACUAAAUUAAGAAAGUGAGGGAUGUACAAAUGACAGCAUCUUGAUGGCCUGCUUUUAGCCUUUAUGUCUCCAUAAUGCACACCUACAUGUUCUAUUUUUAUCCUGUUAUUCCUUAUUCAUCUACAGUUGUCAUACAUGCAGAAAUCCAACAGUUACAGACUGGAAGUUUUUUAUUUUAUUUUAUCUUUACUGGUUAACCACACACAAUGUCAUUACAUACAUGGUAGCUAUGUGGCAAAAACUGUAUCAGUGUGGAUCAGCUGCUCUGAUAUAGAAUGGGUUAUAAAAUGCAAAUUAGCUGAAAUCUUAUCGGUACGUUUCCUUGAUAAGAUGUGAAAUAAGUUGGAAAACCCUCUCAAAUCUUUGUAGUAUAGAAUAGUUAAGGUAUGUUGUACACGUUAUUUGUUUACUCUGUAAUCAGUCCAUCAUUAGUCAUGAGCUAAGCUAAGUAAGUUCCCAUGAUAAAGCAGGAAAUAUCGCCUGUUAGGACACCUUUUGACGUGUGAGGUAAAUAAAGUGUUGAUAGAGCAAUCAGCUUUAUCAUCAGGAGUGUGUGAGGCAGCAGUGUGUGCGGCUGCCAGACUUAGUUCUGCAUGUGUCAAAGUGGGAAAAGGGAAGGUGCUAAAAUCUAAAGAGGGUUGUUUCUCAUAGAAACGCUGACAGUGUGCAAUUAUAUGGUAUGAAAAAAAACUGUAGAGUCUAUGUCAACGUACAGCUUCCUGUGGGGAUGUUUGAGAGCAGCAUCCAGAUGCUUCACUGUCAAAAGUAGGUUUAAACUGAAUGCCAACUAUCACAGAAAGUUAACCCAUACCAGGAAAUCUAAAUCAGAAUCAGAAUACCUAAUUCAUUUGUCCACUUAAAACUAAACUAUAUAAAAGAUUUAUUUUUCUAUUGAACUGGUAUAAAAAGAAUUGCUGACUGACACAUUUGUUUCUUUGUGGUCUUCUCUAGGAGAGGAGAAAGGUCGAUGUUUCACUAUAGAGUACGUCAUGCCCACUACCAUCCAGAUCACCUCUGAAUCCACCGUCAGCGUUCUCAGUAAGUUGCUGUUCACUCUCCACUGACUUAAUGGGCAAAUAAUUAAUACCAAAGUCAUUAAAAAGCACCAAAGUCAGCCAAACCUGCAGUACCUCAAGUGUCCACUCGAGGCUGGCUCCAAAAGCUAAGGAUUCUCUAAUCAUUGCUAACUUUUACAGUAGGAUUUAACAUUGAUUUAACUCUAAUACUAUUACAUGUUAGCAGUUCCCAUUUGGAUAUCCCAUAAACAGGGGUGGUCUACCUAUAUUCUGACCUCUUGGUUAAUCUCAUGGCUGGAAGGUGAAGAAACUGUCUGAUUACACAUGUGGUUGCACUUGUGUGUCUGUCCGGAGCUGCAGACAUGAGCUGCAAUGACUUUACUUGUUUAAGUCCUAAGUCUCUUCUACUUACAUCUGCACCAUGCUGUAUUCUAAAGGGUUCUAGGAUGAGCACGCAUGGGUACACAUAAGUAAUGGUGGUGUGAGGGCAAGAAGCCAAGACUACAGCGAGUGAUGCUAUCAAGAAAACCACUUCAUCUCAAAUCCCCUGUGUGUUCAAGCUAAUGUCAAAGAAAGGUCAUCCAUAUCAAAGAAUUCACAGAAAGGCAAACUAAUGGCUAUGCAGACGUAAAAAGUGAUGUAUCACCCUCGAUGAACGUUGUCCGAACACAUCUGAGGUACUCACUCAAAAAAAUAAACAAGGUCAAGGGAUUUUCUUUUCAUUUGUUUAGAUGGUUUUUGGAGGCUUUUGUCUUUAGUGGACAGGACAGCUUGAGACAGACAGGAAAUAUGGGAGGGGUGCACCAAAUCCUGCCUGCACCUGAAGCCCAUCAUUCAAGCUAGACAACAAGGAUUGUAGCCUCUGAAACACAGGACGUCAACCCAACUCAAUGAAACUGGCACCCAGGAUUAGGAAAAUGCAAUAAUAAUAAUGUGAAAAUAAUUAUUCCUUUAAAAAAACCAUCCAGUGAUGUAAAAUAUGGGUGUCUUUUAAGUACAGAAUGAAUGAAAGAAGAGAGGGGAACUGAAAAAAGAUCUGUCCAAACACACAGGUUUGAACAUAGAAGAGUUUCUUCAACCAUUGACAUGUAAAGGAGAAUUUAAUUCAUAACUUAGUAAUGCCACAGCUGCAUCUUUAAUUGGAUUUUUCUUAUGAUAUAUUCAAAAGUGAAGCUUUUCCUCAAUUAACCCUUGUUUUAGAGUCUCUGGGCCUCACUGAAUCCCUCAUGCUAAUAGGAGUUUCCAGUAACAUUCAGACAUUCGACACACUAAUAGGCAAGUUUAACAAACUCAACUUAGUUGAUGCAGUUCUGUUAAAGGAAUGGCCUUAGACGUCAGGUCCACUUACAACCAGUGAGACCUGCCCUGGAGACAAAAGCACGUGCUCCUACUUUCAGAGGGAAAUAAUGCCAUUAGGUUUAGAGGGCUGUUGAACAAAAUGCACAAAAAACCACAUAGUCACAACAUCUGAUCAUUCAGCACUUUUUCAAUUGUGAGAGACCGAAGUUCAAACUCAAGACCAAACAAACUGAUCCGUUUUUUUGUCCCCUGCAGAGAUGAUUCGCUCUGCCACACCUUUUCCUUUGGUCAGCCUCUUCUUCAUGUUCAUCGGGUUUGUACUCAGUAACAUCGGACACAUCCGACCACAUCGCACCAUCCUGGCCUUUGUUUCUGGAAUCUUCUUCAUCCUGUCUGGUACUACACUGUGUUUUUCAUUUAGAUGAUUUUUAAAAAGUAAGUUAUUUUGAAGAGUUACAGGGUUGGUUUAAGUUUGAUCUGUGUCAGUCAAGUUUAAGGAAAGAGCACCAUAUACUUUUAUUUAUUCUCAUAAAAUGUGUGAUCACCUGAUGAAUGUUUCAAUCACUUCAAUGGGAAUGGGCUGAUGCUGAUCUAUGAAAAUGUUAUAUAUAAUAAUUUAUAAUUUGAAUCUCUUAUUAUCUUUUUGUCUCUGUCCUUUGUCCCAAGGUCUCUCACUGGUUGUUGGUCUGGUGUUGUAUAUCUCCAACAUAAAUGAUGAAAUGUUGAACAGAACCAAAACGAACGAGGCCUACUUCAGCUACAAGUAUGGAUGGUCUUUUGCUUUUGCUGCCAUCUCUUUCCUUCUCACUGAGGUAACUUUUUAUUAAGUCUGAAUCAUGUCGUCUUCUGAUGAUGUUAUCCACAGAUAUCUAGACAUACGUUUUUGCUGUGAAAGUCUGAUGGUAAUAUGAUGGUAAUUAAAUUUAAAGAACAGGAAAAAAUGCAUACAAGUCAGGAUUCAACUGUUGUCCAAACCAGUAACACAUUUGAAUUACCAACUAUAUUCUGGUUAAAAGAAUCUAUAGAUCUACAGAAAACUAUUGCAAUGAACAAAAUCAGCUCUCAGACAGCAGAUUCCCGUUUUCCUCUUGUUGAAAUCAUUGAACCCCAUGACUGUAGUCAGCAGCAGUAUUGCUUGUAGGCUGAAGGAGUCUGUAAUAUUUCUUUUAUUGUUGGCCUUGUCAUGUUGUGCCUAAGCUGGGACACAGCCAGCUGCCACUGGCCAACGCUAUACCCUUAAUGUAAAGCUGCUGCUUCAGUGUUGCCAACUCCUCAGUAAGGAAAGUCGCCCACGGUUGUCGUAAAAGUUAAUAAAGUUGCUAGAUGACAGCGCCUAAUUUGCAUAAUUUCUCCGUCAAACCCACUGUAGCCGUCGAGCCCACCACCCCCAGAAGGAGAAGGAGGAGUCUCCAUGUUCUUGAUGCACACCAGCUACCCAUAUUCCUGCAUUUAUGUUGGAGUUUCUAAACUCCAGAAAAAGUCGCUAAAUUUGUCGCUCGACACUUUUUCGAAAAUAAGUUGCUAGAGGGGUCUGAAAAGUCGCUAAAUCUAGCAACAGAGUCGUUCGAUUGGCUGCUUCAGUGUUGGAAUGCUCUACUACCAGGAUGCAAACAAGCGCUGUUGACAGAUGGCACGUCAUACCACAGCACAGCGUUUCAUUAGUAUUCUGAUCCAGAAAAUGUAAUUUGAGAUGAAGGUCAUGUCUGGUAAAGCUGGCAUAUGACCACCUGAUGGGAGGAAUACAUGACCAGCACAGACUUAUAGGCGUUAACUUGCAAAGCGGGCUUAGAGCUGGUGGAGCUAGCUUUGCUUACCUUAGCCAGGUCAGCAACCAAUUUAAAUUCAGUUACCCACUGUGUUAAAACAAUUGCUCAGUUUUACUGUUUUCUGAGUGUUUUCGCUCCUUCAAACUUAUUGGUGAGUUGGAAUAAAAAUUCUCAUUUAAACAACCAGAAAAGAAGUCAAGUAUGCCGUUUUGCCAUGACAUAAUUUUAGCACUACUCGCCUCUUGAAUUUUCUUUUAGGGAUUAAUAAAGUUCGUCUUAUUUUAUGUUAUCUCUACUCGGUUUUUAUAGUUUCCCAUGAGAAUUGAGUACCACUUCAAUGUGGGUGGAGUCAUCAUAGUAAGACGGCUUGAAAUUCCCCAGAUGUCAUUUGUAUGCAACACAAACACAACCCAAACGCACGCUCACUAUUGCCAGGUUUUGUGACGGAUUUGAUUCUUGUAAAGGAAUCACUCUCAUGACUCCCCCCUGGCCAAUCAGUGGCCAAUAAGUAGGAAUCGGGAUGUAUUAGAAGAACACAACCAGGAGCUAAACUUUGGGUCUUUUCUCUCCGUUACCCCACAGACUGCAGGUGUCAUGUCGGUCUACCUGUUCAUGAAGCGAUACACAGCAGAGGAAAUGUACCGGCCUCACCAAGGCUUCUACAGGCCUCGCCUCAGCAACUGCUCUGAUUACUCAGGUCAGUUCCUCCAUCCAGACGCCUGGGCCGGGCGUGGUCGCAGUCCCUCCUCCAUCUCCUCCGAGGCCUCCCUGCAGAUGAACUCCUCCAACUACCCGGCUCUCCUCAAGUGUCCAGAAUACGAGCAGAUGUCUUCCUCACCGUGCUGAAGAAGAGGAUGUGUGCUUGUGUUAGUGUCAUAGGGUACAUUUUGAUCUACCUGAAUACUCUGAUAUUAACCAGCUCGAAUCAUGACUAUAACCUCUGAACCCUCCGUACUGCUGAUCUUUAUUUACACCUUUUGCUUUUGUGGGGGGCAAUGCUGAAGCCAGCCAGUUCACGUUAUUCUCAGCUAUUUGAAGAAGAGGAGAGAUGAAGGAAUUUUAGUGUAGGGGAGCUUAAUCUUCUUUUUCUCUAGUGUUAGGUGAAAAGUGAUGAGCUAAAUUGACCAGGAUUAAAGAUACCGAAAUGGAGCACAUUGAGUCACUACAACCUGAAGUUAAGGGUUUGCCUGGAGAACAACUACGGUCCUGAUGGUAUUUUGUAAAGAUGAAACACGGCACAGUUAAAGGCACAGAGCGGAUAUUUAGAAAAUGGCAUUUAGAUUCAGAAAGUGCAAGUUCUAUAAAAAGUCUCUGCAGCAAAGGUUGUGUGUCAGCAAGCAGAAACCUACCUGUGAAAUUGUGGAAAUCUGAUUAGUGUUUCAUUCGACAUGUUUUACCUGAGAACAGAGUGUCUCCAAAAGAUCAUAUAUUAGCACUUAAUGACUUAACUUGAUUUACAUGCUAAACCACAAGUUUCACUCACACCCUGUUUGCACUUCUGAGCUGCAGUGUGAUACGCCCUCUGCAGAAUAUGGCUUUUUUGUGAGUGUGUGUCAGGCUGUGGCUCUUCUUAUACAAAGCAGAACUGUUUCAGACACUUUUUCAACCACAAACGUUUUAUUGAAUGUGAAUUUCAACCAUUCAAACAGAUUAUUUAUUGGACCUACCUGGUUUUAAAAGAAAGUUUGAUGUGAUUAACAGACUGGGAAAGUGUGGUGAAUAUUAAACUGUAUUGAAUUUUACCUCAACUCUAACUCCUGAUUAUUCUGUAAUAACUGUAAUUUUAAAACCAUUUGCACAUGUUACAGACUUUGAUUCAACAGAAGAACUUUUAUUCCACCUGAGAGUCUUUAGCAUGGAGGCAGAACUUUUUAAGCUCUGACUUCAGGCUUGAGGGCUUCUUUUCUGUGAAGCUGCUAGCUUUUCAUCAUCAUUGUAGGUAGUUGUUGACACCAAAGGAAAGGAGACAUAUAAAAGGAUAUGUUCUGUUUAAAGUUACUGUAAGGAGUUUUUUUAGUGGUAAUGAAACAGACUGGACAGACUCUUUAUUAGCUACUAAAGCAAACAAGACCCUCAGUGACGAGAUAGUUUUUUCUUUUUAACACUUAAGUUUUUAUUUACCUUUGAAGAUGGAGAUUUGUGAGAAUGUGAAGGAGAAAAUGAGUUGGUUAUGAAGAGUAUUUUGAUAUUGAUCUGCCGUGAAUGUAAGAUGAAGGAAAGCUGCUGAACCAGAUUUUUUUCUGCAUUACUAAAAUACCUCUCUGACAGAGACACAGUUACCCAGAUCAUAGGAGCCUAUUUUUCUAAUUUUGCCCAAGUCAGAGAAUUUGAACAUAAGCAUUUAAUACAGUAUUACAUUUAAGUAAACAUAUUACAGAGAAAAAAAUCGUCCUGUGCAAUAUUUUCAUGUUAGUUUCAAAUUUAUUAUAGCACUAUAGAUAUUGUCAAUAAUCAAAGCUGCAUGACGUGAACUUCACUUAUUUUAAUGGCAUGCAACAUGCAAACAAACUGUGCUGUGCAAAGCUAAGUUGACUUGCUCAAGCACUUUUGUUGUACACACACCUGCUGUUUUGUUUGUUCAUUUAAAAACACUGUAGGAAUUAAAUCAAACUGUUUGUACAUAGUUCAUUUUUGUACAGGCUGAAAUGUGUGUAAAUUUUUAUUUUUGCUCUUUAGUAGCUCACUCCUACGUGUUUGUAAAGGCUGCUUUGUUUCCUGCAUCACAUUAAGAAUGUGAGCUUUUAAUGGUACAUGUGAAGUAUUCAGGUGACAGCACAGUCAGUAGUCAAACAUCCUUCUCUGUGAAUUUUUACAAUCGGAGUCAUUUUUAUGAUGUUUAAUGUGAAAUGUAUUACAGUAUGUAUACAAAAUAAAAUUUAACGGGAUUUGAUUAACAAA